CACCUGGGCUUGCCCUUCCUGGCUGGCAGAGUGAAAUUCCCUAAAACAGCUCAGAAAUACAGGCCAAAUCAGUAGUUUCAGGAAAAAAGAGGAAGGCUGGAUGUGCCAUUGCAGAGGAGGGGAGAGGCCAGGCUCAGCCGUCUGAGCUGGUUCUUCAAGGCAUUCCAGCCCCAGCAGCAUCCCAUGGUGAGAAGUUCCCUGGAUGAACACACAGCCUUAGUUCACCUCUGCCAGGGCAGGGACCUGGCACUGGAGCAUCACCAGUAAUUUUCCACCCAUCUCCACAGUGUGGAAAUACACCCAGGCAUGGAAAAAGCCUAGAAGGGAAUAAAGAAGACACUUGGCCAGUAGAGCUUGGCUGGCUCCCAGCUCAAGGAACAGCUUCAGGUUCAUCCCCAGCUCUCCAGUGCUUGGCAGGCUCCGCUGUCUGAGCUCCUACAAACAGGACCGGCCAGCAGCAUUCCUGCCAAAACCCCGGCUGCUCCCGCUCCAAGAGCUCCCUGCGCCCAAGGGUUAGCUGCAAGACAAAAAGGAGGAAAAGUGGCCCUUUUGUGGGGUUUGGUUGGGAUUUUUUUCCUUCUCACCACAGAGAAAAGGAGAAGGAAAUACUUGGCACGGAGGAGCGAGGGGGAGGUAGGGGACAGCGGGGAUGUGGCGGUGGGAGGCGAGCGGGCCCUUUAUGAGACUCUAAUUACUCCAGCCAAAACCCACAUUAGCCCGAUGAGUGAAAAGAGGUUUUUACGAGGGCAAUAAGAUGUCCCAGCCUGCCGGGGCAGUGACUGCCGGCCGGUGGCCUCGGGCUCUCCGAGGAGCCGCUGGUGCUGCUGCUGCAAUUCGACUCCAGCUCGGCAAGAGGGUCCGGCCAUUUCCCAACCUCGCCGUGCUAAUCCCUCUUACCUCAGUGGUGCAGCAAUAACCCCCGGAGCCAGCACCAACUCCCACUGCCGGCGGCUGCAGAGCACACAGUGUUCCCAGACAAGGCUCCUCACACCCUGUGCAGCCCCGGCAAACAAGGGCGGCUUCCCAAAUCCCGUGAGCAUCCUUCCCCCAGCAGCUUUCCUUGGAAAACACCCCUGAAGAGUCACUGUCCCCAGCUCACUUCCUUGAAAACUCAGGUUGCUGUGAACACGGUGGUGAAACAGGCUGGGAAGGGGGCACCAAGGGCAGACCGAGGUCUGUGAUAUCCUGAUGAGUCCAGAGAAGAUAAGUGAUGAGAGGGUGAUGACUCACUGCCUCCUGUGCAAAACCCAGGACCAUCCAAUGCAUCCAGCAUGUCCAAAGGAGAUGUUUCUCAUAGGAUUUCUCCUGACAGGGGAGGAUGAGGGCAGCUUCAAAAGGCAAUUCCUGGAAGAGGAAGCCACCCAGGACAUCAGGACCAUCAUCAGCUCACUCUACUGGGUGAAGAAGCUCACUGAGGUCUGAUGUUUCCUGGGAUCCUCUGCUUCAGCCGAUGGUUGUGGACGAAGAAAACCUGUCAAUGAGGUGUUGCUCCCACGUCCAAGGCACAGGGUAGCAGUCAGUUCCUGGGGACAGGCUGACCAAGGGUUGGGCAAGCUGCAGGGUCACGACUGUCAGGCCUGAGCAGGAGGGGGUUAUUUGGUAGAGGUGGUCACGGAGAAAACAAGAUAUCCCCUUUCCCAAGGUGGCUGAAGGGAGCUGAAGAGACCAGGAUUUAGCCCCUGGGAAGAAUGAGUCAGUCACAGGGGUGACCACAAGGAUCUGUUAUCACAGGAUCUGUUAUCGGUGGAAAAUCUUCUCAUGAGGGCAUCAAAGCAGCUCCUUGUGUGCCAAAAGGAAGGGGGAAGGGGAGGAAAAGAGGACAAAGAUCCUCUGUGCCAGGCAAGGAGAGGUCUGUGUCCCCCAGUCCCUCUGGGAUGGUGCAGGAGGGGGUUCAAAGCCCUGUGUCCUUCCAUUUGAGACCUUCUUCAGCCCAUCCUGGCAGCCUUGGGGCUGGGGGAGCUGGGAGGGGAAGAUCUCACUCUGACAGCACCACAGAGCUGGGCCCAGCGUGUGUUACUCACCUUGAAACUAUGUGAGUAAACAGAGAAGGCUCUUCUUCCUGGUCCCACCUCAGCAAUUAGGCUGCAGACUGGAGCAGAUACCUGAAUCCACCCUGGCAGAUCGUGGCGAUGCUCUGCUCUCUCCUGUGCUGAGUCCUCGGGCCAAGCCACCCAGGAGACGAGGAUGGUGAAGCUCCAGUUGGCCUCCUGGGCCAUCCUCUCCUAUAUGGAGCCUCUUGGAGAUGUCCCACCAGGAGGAAAACACCCCUUUCCCAUCACUUCUGGUGUGUUUCUAUGGGAAUAAAUCACACGGGACUCCAUUUUCUUCAUGGUGGAAAAAGCCCAUUCUUUUUAUGCAAUUUUACAGACCUUGUGUUUGACUCUAUUUAGUUAGGAGCUUUCUUGACAAUUAUUGGUUAGUAACAAGUUGUUAUUCUGUAUUGAUUAGUCACUCAGACACUCAGUGUGUACGUGUAGGAAAUGUUGUUUGUGAGAGAUAGUUUUCAUUUUUCUAUCUAAUAGUGUAAAAACAGUUUAUACAGGUGCCAGUUGUUUUUCACCCAGGAAUAGAUUGUUAUGCUAACAAACUGUUCACAACAGGAUUGCUUUCACAUGGGAACUUGCAGAGUGUUAGCUUGCCUUAGAAGAAAUGACAGGCUAGCCAGAGCAGGUCUGCUUUUAUGAAGCCUUUCUUUAUGAGUUUUCUACCUUACUGCAACAUUUUUAUAGCAUUUUUUGUUGCUGAGCAGCAGUGACACUCAUAGCUCACUGUGACAUGGGGGAAGUGGAGCCAACUGGGAAGAACCAAGGCAGCACCAGCUGGGAGGAAGAGGUGAUCCCACAGGGAAGGGACCACCCUGCUGGCACAGCAAAAGCGUCUGAGCUCCAGGUGUUUGGUGGCCACCACUGCAGCCAUGAGUCCCAUUGGAUCCUGAUACCUUCCACCUUGAUCCUUGGGGUUCCCAGAGAGGCUUGGCUCUUCUCUGUGGAAAACCUUCAUCCAUCUUGGUGUCCUCUUCCCCACCAGUGCCUAGAGGAAGAGGAGAGACCACCCUGGACCAUCCUAGAGGGAAGAGAGCAGCCUCCAGAGCAGGACUGCAGCCAGCUCAGGGCCAGGGAGCCUUGCAGAAGACUGAAGCAUUCAUUUCCAGGAUUGACAGUGGUUUCUGCAGGCAGGAGAGGGAAUAAAAUGGUCAAAUUCCUCACUAUUCCAUGCCUGUCCUCCCACACAGAGUGAAGGAAUGCGGGAGAUACCGCAGCAAUGCCAUGCAAACACCCUGGAGAGGUGAACCUCCUCCUGACCCCAGCUAGGAGAGAACAAAAACUGUUUUAAAGACUUUUGGAGCAUCUUGAUGCAUCCGUGGGAGGCUUGUGGGCACUGGAUGUGUGGGAAGCAGCUGAUAGAUCAGUAGCCUGAAGGAACACUGAACACAUGGACAUCAGAGAUAACUGGUGGAGACAGAGUCCAGAGAUGUUACAAAGACCUGUGGCUAUUCCCACACUGGGAAUCAUGUAGAAAUAAAUUAAUUAACCAUUUCAGAGCUUUAGGUACAGGCAGCAGUAUCUGUGCUGACACAGACACAGGGAUUCUCUUUGGGAAUGAGGCCAUGGAUGGGAGGAGAAGGGGGAAAAGGUCUCUGUGUUGCUGAGGUUCAAACUGGGUGACCUCAACCAUAGCAGGAAAAAAGAGAGGGAAAAAAAAGAUUAAGAAAUGGCAGCUUCCUCAGGCUGAUUCCUUGCAAGACUUACUCAGAGUUACAUCAUGGUGCUUAUUAGGGUGCAGAUCCCUGAGAUCCACGGCUUCAGAGCCUCUGGAAGGAUCCCUGGGGAUGUGGGACUCCCUGGGCAGUAGGGAUGGCACCCCAAUCCCAGCUGUGCCACUGAGGCCAGCUCCCCAAACACAGGCACUGCUGAUGUCCCCACAGAGGGACUCAGCUUUGUUUUGGAGCCCAGGGAGAUGAGGGGUGUUUGGGCUCGGGGCUGCCUCCUGUGUGUGCUCAUCCCGGUGUUCCGUGGCUGGGGCUGCACAGCUGCUGCCAGCCGGAGCUGAGGGCAGCUCACCAGCUCCCCUGAGUCGGCUCUCACCACACCCAAGGCUGUUCCAAGACCACAGGGCUAUUCCUCACCACACAGCACUGAGAAGGUGGUUUCCCUGCAUUGGCUGCUCUUCUGAACCAGGAAUGCUGGGGUGUCCCUGGAGGUGCCCAGGGAACAAACCCAGGUAGGGGGCUGAUUCCCUGUGGAAGGGCAGGAUGCAGAGGUGGGGCUCACAGGGGAAUCCCAGCCCAGGAAUCUCUGCUCUUGAGUGUGAGAUUCUUGCUGAAGGUCUUCUCUCAUGGAUGCUCAUGAGAAACUGUGCUAUGGGACUGGCCUGGAUGUUCCAUGGGUAUCCAUCCUUGGGUUUGGGGGUGUGCAGGCAGGGAGCAGGUGAGCCACCCCAGCGCCUGCACCCUGCCUGCUGAGAGAGCAGGGAGUGUGUCAGGAGCAUCCCCAGUGCUGCCACCGUGCCAGGACUUCCCACAGAGGAGCAUCCAAACGUGCCAAGCUUAGCAAGUCUGGCCAGGAAUUCAGCGCUGGAGCCGUGGGCCCCAGGCCCGUGUCCUGAUGCACAAGUGGCUUUCCUCAGCUUUGGAUGGGUUCCAGCAGCCUGUGGGCUGCUCCAAGGGGCCUCUCCCUCCCUGCAUCCUCCUCCAGGGUUUUGCAGGAUUUCACCUCCCGUACUGGGAAACAAAAGCAAAAAGAAACACCAUGGCUUUUUUAUUAUGAAGUGCAGGAACGGCGUGUGAAUGAAUGCCUGGGCAGUAAUUCAAGUGGGAACAUGGAGCUGGAAAGCUUUCAGCUCCCAAACUCGACCCGAGCCUCAGCACUUGGCUUUGUGCUGCUCAUUCAUCCACAGGGUUAUUUUUGGAUUCCUCCUCCUGGGAGAACAGGAUUAGUUUUGUUUUUAGUGUUCCUUGGAGAGCAGCUUGCUGAGGGAAUGACUUACCAGAGAAAAACCCUCUUGGCUGGUGGGGUCUGCUCAAUUCCAUGAUUCUGGGUGGGAAUCAUGAUGAUCUUUCAUGUUCCUUGGGGAUUUAUUCCCACUCUGCUCUUGCUGGGGCUUGGAUAUCUCAUUACCUAAGGAUAAUUAUCUAGAGAUAAUAAGCUAACUGCAUCUCUGGGUUGCUGGGCCUUGUCUUUAUUGCUUUCCUGGGGCAGCAAGCAGAGUAGGUUAAGAUUUUUAUUUAUUUACCCAUAACUGUAGGCCCUGUCAGGAUCCAAAUCAAAGUUUUGAAGGAGAUAAAGCUGGAAAAAUGUUGGAUGAGCGACCAGACUUGCCUGUGCCAUAUUUUCUUAGAAUCAUAGAAUGGUUUGGGUUGUAAGUGACUUCAAAAAUCAUCCAGUUCCAGACAUAAUUUUCUCCUAGUUCAACCUAAAAAGGGGAUCUUAGCCUGGAGAGAAGGAGAUCCAGAGCAAAGAGGAGUGGGAGAAGCUGUAAAGACCCACCCCAAAAAACGCUCAGAGUGUAGGAUCUGAUUUCCCAGGCAGGGAGAGAUGUGGGAGUGGAUAUUUAAGAGGAUGUUUGGGUCUCCUCUCACUGCCAGCAGUCACUUGGAGGCUUGGACGGAGCUGGCAGCUUCCAAGGCUUCAACUCCUUCUUGGCUCCAGAAGAAACGAGUGGGAUGAGGAAACCUGGAUUCCUCUCUUCACAAUAAGUGUACUUUAAAUUUAGCCACAAUGGCAGCUGUUGGGAGCCCUCCCUAUAACCCUCCUUUAUCUUCCUUCCACCACUCCAUCCCUUCGUCCCUGUUUUCCUCUAUCCUCUCCUCCAGCUAGGCUGUGCAUGGGCAAUUGGGACUGUCUAUACAGCUCUCUUAUUCCAAUUAGCUCACUAAUUAGAGCCUCAUCAGGGGUGCUGCUGCACCAAGGAUGUCUCCAAGGCAAGAGCUGCUAACGAGGCCAGGAAGUCCCUGGCAGGAGCCCUGGGGAUGGUGGGGUGGGAUAAAGUUCCCUCUUGUCCUCUUGGACAGAGCAACAGAUGCUGGUGUCCCAAAUUCCUUGCAGUGGGAUGUAAUUUGGGGAUUUUUUUUGGGGGAUGGAGGGGAUUUGCCUUAAUUUCAUUUGUGGGAUGUGUUCCAGCUGUUAGAGGAGGACCCCAUCCACCUCCCACUCCCCUCCAAAUGGCUCCUGAGCCAAAGAAACCAUCUCUGUUUUGGCUCUGUAGGAUAUUUGGGGGAUUGCCAGGUGAUUUGAGGUGUGGAGUGGGGUUCUCUGGUCCAUAGGAGCAAACCCAAGGUCAUUUUGUGUGUGUAAAACCAGAGAAGUGUGGGGUUUGUGGCAGCAGGUGCCCUUUAAAUCCCACCUCUCCAUGUAACCAGGGGAUCAGUUGAGUAGCUCAUCUCUCCUGAACCUAAAGCAGGACUUUAUGGGGAAGCAAAUCAAGGAGAAGAGGGGGAAAAAAAGAGGGAAAAUGAAUGAGGGUAGAUAUUCCUGGACGGAUCUGCCACAGGAAGAGGCAAUGGACAGGCCUGUGAGAUGGGGACCACCCACCUUUCUCCAUCACUCAAACCCUUGGCUGGCAUCACUGUGGGUUCUGCCCUCCUAGAGAGGGUUAAAUCCUACUGGGGGGCUUAAAUAGCACCAGGACAAAUUGGGGAGCAAAAGCUGGGACAAGAACUGACCCUUUUUGGGGUAUGGGAGAAGCAGUGUGGCUGGGGAGCAGCAGUGAACUCUGAGUGCUGCCUGGAUGCCCAUAAUCCCACCCGGAGCCCCCACAUCCCUGUGUCUGCCAGGGUGAACCCCAGGAUGGGUGUCCCACAGGGACAGGGAAUUUGGGGACCCUGCAGGCAGUGACAAUGUGAAGCCAGCAGGUUUCCUGAGCACUUAGGGGGAGCCACAGCCCAGCAAACAUCAGAUUGAACGGAGAUGCUGAGGCUGAGAAGCCUCAAAAAGAGAAUUGAAAACCACAUGGCUAAAAUUGGACUGAAUCAGUCAAAUCCUCACCUCCCUGGGCUCACAGCAAACCCUGUGGGGAUUCUGGGGCUGCUCCCAUCACUGGGUACAAAACACAGAGGAUGCUGAUGGCUGGAGGGGCAAAAAGAGUGGGAAUGGCCAUGCCCUGAGUGGGAAUCACCACCCACCUUUCCCCCAAAGACACACUCCUAAGUCUUUAAAAAUUAAUAUAAAAAUAAACUUAAAUAAUUAGGUGGGUUUUUUUUUAAGUUGGUGUCUCCUGUGCCAGCAGGUUUGAUGCCUCAGCAAGGAGCUGCUCAGACCAUUGGACUCACUAAGGCAGAGAUGAACCACACAGGAAGCUGAGGAAAGGAAAUUCACAGGGAAAAGAACAAAACAGCAGGUAUUUGCUGAGACAGCAGGUAAAAACUCCCCUCUCUGUGCUAGAGAAAUGUAAGAGGGAGAAAAUGUUGUAGAAAUUUAGCUUUCAGAGUCCAGCUGGAUGCAGCAGGGAUGUGGCCAAACCUGGAUGAGGAAAGGUGUUUCUUGAGUAAAGUUAUGUAAAUGUAUGAGCCAAGUCAAGCUUAAAGGGAUUAUCUGCCAUUUUGAGGGAACUGUGAUUCUGUUCAGUCAGGUAAAAAUUAACACUGAUAGUUUUAAUGCCCAUAACUCUCAAUAACAACCUGUAUUAUCCACCCAUUUGCUUGUUUUAAUAUAUAUUAACUAUUCUGUGUUGCACACUAAUAUAUAACAUCUCAUAAUUGAAUGUAAUAACUAUUUUGUAAUUGCAUUACCAUUUGACCGAAGAGAAUAUUAAUGGCAACACCUGAUCGAUGAGCUCCAGACAAAGCAGUGGUGUGUAAACUUUGGAGCCAAGGGACUGGGAAUUUCACACCAGCUCCUCCCAGAUCCUUGUUUUCUUUGCUGCUGCCACAAAACUGCUAUAAAUUAAAGCUGUAAGUGGAAAAUAAUGCUUGUGAGGCCAAAGAAAGGAGAAUUUUAACCCUCCUUUCUCGGUCUUUGUUCCAUGAAGUAAUAAGAAAGGGGAAUUGUUUCUUUUUCACUUAGAAAUCCCUAUGUCUCCCUGCCUGAGGGAGCUGAGCCACUGCUUCACUCCACGGCCUUGGGCAACCACUUAAUCUGCCAGGAUCUGUGUCACUGGGUUAAUCAUAUUUACGUGCCUUUUAUGAGGGUUAAUGAUUAGUCUGGGAAUGUUUGCAUGGACUUUUCCAGACGCGACUCCUUAGAUAAACGCUCCGUGGUAAUGCUUGGGGCUGGCAGGGGUUAAAUGCAGGAGGAGGGGCUCUGCUUUGGGGCGGGAGGGACUCCGAGAGGACUCAGAAGCCAUCCCCAGCCCACCCCAGGCUGCCGGCGGAUCCCUGGCCCUGCAGACGAGAUGGGAAAGCGAUUUUUUUGUGGACACAGGGAAUUGUGUCCGGCCAGAGCCGGAGCUCCGGCCACAUCCAGCCUGGGGAAGGCUGCUCUGUGUUUUAACGGGGGAGCUCCUGUUUCACAGAAAUCCCCACAAUGCAUGGGCUGCAAUGGGGGAUCCUCUUCAUGGGGACUGCCAGUGUCACCGAAAUUAGGAAAUAAAACCCCUUAACACCGCCGGAGUUUUAGGAAGCUGACGGUUUUAUCCUCCCGGAUACAGGGCGGGUGGAUCCGCCUAAGGUGCGCUCAUGGCUCAGGAUGAUACAUGCCUUCAUUUAGAGGCGCCAAUUCAUCACAAAAUGUUACAUAUGAAGGUCUUCGCUGUCAGGGUGAGCUGUGCUCUUGUUUUUGACCAAUUUGUCACUCAGGCGGCCGUGGAGCCCCUGACCGGGAUUGGGCAGCCCGGAGUUGAUACCGAGCCCGCAUCGUGUUCCGUGAGCGUGACUUCACCGACAACGCCUGCACCGGGGGAUCCCCUCCAUGUGGGUGCUCUCUUAUGGGGGUGCCUGUAUUUGGGGGCACCUCCCUAAUGGGCGCUGCCUGUAAGUGGGGGGUCCUUCAGGGGGUCCCUCCCUAAUGGGGACUGCUUGUAAGGAGAGUGCCCUUAAUGUAGCCCCUCCCUAACGGGGUCGCCCCUAAAUGGGAGGCUAGUUCCUAAUGGGGACUGCCUGAAAUAGUGGCCCCUUCACUGGGGGCUCCACAAAAUGGGGGACCCUUUAAUGAGGCGCUGCUCAUAAUAACUCUUCCCCCAACACGGUGGGCUCUCCAUGCGGCCCCUCCUCUAUAACGGGAGGCUCGCUGCAACGGGGACCCCUCCCUACAGCGGCUCCCCGGCUGCGGGUGUCCCCCAUAACUCGGGAGGUGUCCCCUCCCGAGCGCAGGGACAAAACCCCGACCAGCUCAGCGCACGUGAGUCUGGGCUGUCCUCUGCUGUCCCGUCCCAUCCCCUCCCCUCCUCCGGCCGGCCCACACGCACACCCAGCCCUCCUCCUCCUUCUCCACCUCCUCCUCCUCCUCCCACUUCCUCCGCACAAGGCGGGCUGCCGGCCGAGCAGGGGCAGCGCCCCCCGUUCCCCCGUCCUCGCCGAGCCCCAGCCGAGCCCGCAGCGAUGCGCCGGGGGAGGCACCGCGCCGCAGCCGCAGGAAGGCGAGCUCAGCUCUCCUGUGGGGACACCGACACCAACCUAUAAAUGGCCUCAAAACGGUACUCACAGCCUGCAGACCCUGUGAUUCUCAAGAAGCUGCCUCGUCUGGAGCCUGCCACCAGCUUCCUGCCAAGGCAAAUCCCAGGCACAUGCAGCCCUGUGCCCCACCCUGGCUCUGAAAGUCAUUUCAGCUACACGGGCUCCUACUUUGCCUGCCCACUGCAGAGCCCCAAGGGCCCCGAGCAGCCCCCAGCUGGCUGGAGCCCCACGCCCGCCUACCUGCACUACGGCCCCGGUGCCCUGAGCCAGCCCGUGCCAGCUGAGGGGCCACUGCAGAACUUCCUGCUGUGCCCACCAGAGAGCCUUGACACCAGGCUGCACCCCCUGGACAGCUGGAAGAGCACAAAGAGCCUGGUAAGCCAGGACCAGCUGAGGGCCAAAAAGAAGCUGGACAGUCCCAGGUGCCCCUUGGCAGUGAAGAAGCCGGUGGUGGUGAAGAAGGCAGUUUCUCUAGCAGUCCCCAAGCCAGUGUACGGUGCCCCCGCCUCCUUCUUGGCUCCCAGGAUGGCUCUGCUACUCGGGAAACAAGCAGAGAGCCUGCAGCAGCAACCAGGGCAGGUAAACUGGGCCCUGCCCCCUGCCACCCACCCUCUGCACCCCAGCGAGCCCCACAGGAGCGAUCCCUGCACCAACCACAGCCUCCUGCUGCUGCCCUCCAGCCUGGCCCUGCCUUCCAGGGAGCAGCUGAGCUCCCCCACUGCCUUACCCCACUACUGUGUCACCUUUGAUAAGCACGGGCCACCCCCCAGCACCCCGUUCCUGGAAGCAAGUUAUCCUUCUGCCCAGAGUCAGAAGAAGAUGCCAGAGGUCCCCUGGCCCAAGCUCCAGCUGCCUGACAGCAGCCAAGUGAUGCAGGAGAGGUCAGCAAUGUGCUACCCACCCCACCCAUACCUGCUGUCACCCCACAGAGCUGGCCCCCUCUACCACCCCCCAGCUCCCACUGUGGGGGAGCCCAGUGCCCUACCCAGCUGUGGCUAUGUGGCAAGCAGGGAGCCCUUUCCCAGCACCUACCUCAAGCCCCAAGAUCCCAGCAGUUAUUUUCCCAGCCCCUUGGAGCCCCAUGUGCCAAGGACAGUGGGUGCCAGGCUGGGGGCGGCGCUGAGGGAUGCUGAGCCAGGCAGGGAUGCCGAGCUGCCCAGGAACACCGGGUACCCAGGGUUUGCCGUCAGCCUGGGCGAUGCAUCCACGUUCCACGCCUCCUUUCCCGGCAUGGAGCCGGGCUGUGAGCAGCACGGGGCAGACAGUCCGCAGUGGCGAGCAGCACCGAGGCACAGCAGCGCUUUCCAGCCUGUCUGCACCCCAGAGAGGCUUUCUGGGGGCUCCGGUGGGCUGGCUGAGACAUUUCCCGAGAGAGGAGGGAGCUGGGAGAAACCCAGGCAAAGGGAGGAGGAGCAACUGUACCAAGGGAGGAGAAACAGCAGCCCGGCCCCUCAGGACACCCCCCAUGGGGGACCAGGGGAAGGAAAUGCCUGCAAGGUCAAGGAUGCAGCCAAGGAGCUCAUCCGCCCUUCUCUGUCCGUGACCCCCGUCAAAGGGCUGGAAGAGCUGAGGGACACCAAGGCUUUGUCAUCCUCCCCACCAAUGCCUGUGAUCCACAACGUCUUCAGCCUGGCACCCUACCAGGAGUAUCUGGAAAGGGCCAAGGUCACAGACCCCAUUCUGUUCUGCAGGAAGCAUCUGUGGGAGGACUCCUCACCCCAAAACACGGGUGGCAGCCAGGAGCCUGCUGCUGUCAGAGACUUCUCAGUGGUGUCCAGCCUGAGGUCAGGCAGUGAUGCAGAGCAGAGCCAAGAGGAAAGUUGUUAUGGGAGCAUCCCUAAAAAGCCAAAGGCUGAGAUCCAAGAGCUGGAGUCUCAGGAGGGGAGCCCUGACAGGGUGGGCACUGAGGAGCCACCCCCUAAGGAAAUGGUGCUGGACCUUAGCUUCAAGAACAGACUUGUGGAAGCCGGUGACACCCAGUCACUCCCUGGCUUUGUGGAGGGGACACGGGACCGAGAGGAUAAGGAGGAGAAAGAGGCUACAGGAGGGAAGGUGGGGUCAGGAGAGGGUGCACAGCCCCGGGUGCCUGAGGCGGACUCUGGGGACAAGAGCAGCUUCCAGAGCUCAGCCAACUUCAUGUUCCAGAAAUACAAACUGCUGCCCUCCCUCCCACCCAGCACUGAGCCCACCCAGCAGGAUGGAAGCUCUCAAGGCCCCCAGCCCAGCCCCUGCAGCAGCACCCCCACACCAGCUCAACCAGCCUCCUCUCCAUCCAGCACCCCUCUGUUGCCACAGUCCGGCCCCCAGCUCAACAUCAUCCUGGCCCCAAACCCUCCCCAGAUCCUGGUUUCCAAUGCCCCCUCAACUCCAGUGGAGGAGAAGGUGUUGGUGGUCCAGAAGGUUGGUGUUCUUCCCUCACAGACCCCCCCGGGGCAGUACUUCACCUCCCUGCACACCUUGCUCUGUGACACCAUUUCAGGCUCAGUGUCCCGCUCCUCCCCGGAGCUCCUGCAGGAGUGGCUGAAGAAAGCUGAGCUGGCAGAAGAGCUGGGAGAGAUGCCCAAAUCCCUGCCCAGCCCCAAGAACGGCUCCAAGCCUCCCAUUCCUCAGAAGCCCAGCAACGGCAAGGAGAUCUGGCUGGCUUAUCAUGACGUGGGCAGGCUCCUCACUGACCUGCUCUCCCAGCUGAAGACCUUCAUGUCCGCUUGCCCUUUCCCCCACGUCGUCCGGGCAGGAGCCAUCUUCAUCCCCAUCCACGUGGUGAAGGAGAAGCUCUUCCCAACGCUGCCUGGGAGCUUAGUGGACCAAGUGCUGCAGAAGCACAAGGUGGAGCUGCGUCCCACCACCCUCUCGGAGGAGAGGCACCUGAGGGACCUGGAGCUGAAGAGCUGCACCUCCCGCAUGCUGAAGCUCCUGGCGAUCAAGUGGCUUCGUGAAAUCUACCCUGACCUGCUCAACCUCCACUGGCACAACUCCAUCCGGCAGCAGCUCGGUUUAAGCUCAGAUUCUGGCCAGCCUUCCAAGUAGCCCUGGCACGGAGGCACUGAAAACUGACGGCAAAGUGACAGCCAUGGACAAAUCAGGGGAAAGGAGGCUCUGAGGAAUGUGCCAAGGGCAACAGCCAAACGGUGAUGGGAAUGGGAAGGUCCUGAGUCCCCAGAGCCAUGGAUGCUGAGACCACCAGCAGCCCUGCAGGCAGGUGCUCAGCUCCCACCUGCAUCCGGCUCCUCCAGGAUGCUGAUACCUUGCUAGGGACCCUCUGGGGAUGCUGCUCAGGUGGAGGACAGCUCAGUGGUGCUCCAGGGACACACAGAGGGAUGCUGCUGGAGGGUUAUCCAGGCCCGCACAUGGGCUCGAGCCCCUCACAGCAGCUGGAGCUGCUUUUCUUUGAGUGGAUCAUCUUCCAGUGCAUGCCCUGCCUUCAUCCAUGACUGCCCUGGUGAGCUGAGUGGGAAUGGCUGGAGUUCCAGAGGAGCUGGAGCAAGAGGAGCAUUGAAAUGGCCACAGCACCGUCCCCAGCCUUGGAAAAAGGGACUGCAGGGAUGACAUCCCACCUCCUCCUCUCUGAAUGCUUCCUCCUGCUUUAUCCACGCCAUUCCCAAUAACCAUCCCCUUCCUCUGGCAUUUUCACCUUUAUAGUGCCACAAAGACCUGGCACAGCAGCAAGGGCAAGGGAAUGAUGACUUCCAUAGUCUCAAACUAAGUUUUUUGUUAUCAUAAAUGAAGACAUUUUACAAAUGUUCUGGAUUUACCUUUAUAAGGAGCUGCUGCCUUCAGGUCAUGUGUUUUGUGUUAUUUUUUUCUUUAAAUGCUGUAUUUUAUAUGUGUCUUUUUAUUUAAACUAAAAAGCUGCAAGAAAGAUUUAAAGACUCUUAAAGAAAAGAAAACCAAAUCGCUUUGCAUCCCAGAUCCUGCCCCAAAGGAGAACAUGGGAGAUGCACGUUUAGGGACCACCUUGGUGCCAGACCUUGGAAGGAGGGAUCCUUUCAUCCCAAAGGGUUACGGGCAUGCCAGGAGGGAUGUUGGCAUCCCAGGACUAAGGGACAGCCCCUCGCCCUGGGGGCUGCAGCAGGGUACACAGCAGAGGCCUUAAAAACUCAUUGCUCAGGUGUUCUUCAAGCUGCUGCAGGACAUGGAGGAACAAAACAAGGGUUACUCAAGUUUCAUUUCACUACAGGGGAUAUUUAUUUUAAACUAAGAAGAUGGGGUGGGGGGGAUGGGUAGAAAAGACCUUACCCAGACUGUACUUAUUUUAGCCAAAAGGUGUGUGUCCUACUGGGGGUUUUCUGGGGGUGCCUUCCUGUUUUAUUGUGGGCAUGGGGUGGCUGUGGAUGGGGUGGGUAAGGGGUAUGCUGCUCUUCUCCUCACUCCCCCCACCACUCCAUGCCUGUGCACAGUGAUUCAGAAAGCAGUGUUUGUAAAUAAUGUUGGUUUUGUACAUAUAUAUGGUUCCAGGAAAAAAAGUUCCUUCCCUUUAUUUAAUUUUUUUGUAAGAAUAUGAAGAGUUGCCUCACCUGGUUUAAAAGAGUUUGGCUUGUUUCCAGA